AUGGUUAGUGGAAGUGCGGAGAUCGGAAGAGCUUUUGGCCAUUAUUUUGAGAAGCUUUUCAGUUCAACUGAGCCAUCCAGGGCAGAUUUAGAAGGUUGUUUGAGCAGUAUGGAGCCAAGGGUGACUCAAGAUAUGAAUGACAUGCUACUCAAGAAUUUCUCUAGAAUAGAGGUUGAGGAGGAUAUGAGACAAAUGUCCCCUUUGAAGUCGCCUGGACCAGAUGGCUUUGAGGGGCUUAGUUGCUUGCUAAAUCAGUCAGAAAGGAUGGGGAUCAUUAGAGGUUUUCAAGUGGCACGAGGUGGAAUCUCCAAAAGCCAUUUGUUGUUUACAGAUGACUGCAUAUUGUUUGGCAAAGCUACUCUUGAGGAAUGGCACAAAUUGCAAGAGAUCUUAAAGAGAUAUGAAAAGGCCUUGGGCCAAUUCCCUAACAAAGAUAAAACAUCCAUUUUUUUCAAUACCAACACCUCUUUAGUGACAAAGAACAACAUCUUAGAAGCAGGUGGUUCAGUAGCAUGUGGCAGCUAUGACAGAUACCUUGGCCUUCCAACUGUUGUAGGAAGAUCAAAGUUUAAUACCUUCAGAGUACUGAAAGAAAAGAUUUGGCACAAGAUAACUAGUUGGAAGAAUAACUUUUUGUCCCUGGCAGGAAAGGAAGUACUGAUAAAAGCUGUGUUGGAGGCUAUUCCCACUUACACUAUGAGUGUAUUCAAGCUGCCUUUCAAACUGUGUAAUGAUAUUAAUAACAUGUUUUCAAAGUUUUGGUGGGGUAAGCAUCAGAAGGAAGGGGGAAUUCAGUGGAGGAAGUGGGAGAAGAUGGCUAGACAGGAAGGGAAGGGAGUUCAAUCACCAAUAUUAGUACUCAGAGCAGAUGCAAAAGUAGAAGAGUUAAUGGGAGGAAACAAAGGAGAGUGGAAUGAGGCAAGGGUUCAUGCUGUGUUUGAGAAAGAAGAGGCAAAUCAGAUAUUGAGCAUACCCGUAAGCAAAGGCAGGAUCGAGGAUAAGGUAGUUUGGGGGCCCUCUAAGAAGGGGGUAUUUUCUGUGAGGAGUGCAUAUUACCUACAGCUUGACAGAAGAAGAUGGGGUAAAGGGGAAUCAUCCACGGAGAAACAGGUUGAUAACAGAUGGAAGAGAAUCUGGGAGCUUGAGGUGCCAAACAUGGUGAAGGUGUUUUUGUGGAAGGUAGCAAAUGAAUUGAGUGGGGUUCAGAAAUGGAAAAGGGAUGGAGGGGACUUUUUGUUGCUAUGGGAAAGACUAAUGGAAGGCCUUGAUAGAGGAAAGUUAGAAGCUGUGGCUAUGCAAUUAAGGAAAGUUUGGUUGAGAAGAAACACAUUCGUGUUUGAAAACAAACUUACAUGCCCAAAAAGGUUGCUUUUAUCAGCUAUAGAGGCUCUUGAGGAUUAUAAACAGGCCACCAGAAGGAAUAAGAUAGAAGUUCAGGAGGAGGCCAGACCAGUUCACAAUGCAGCAUGGACUAGACCUUUAGCAGAAUUUGUAAAGGUGAAUUGGGAUGCUUCCUUAGGUCUUAAGAGGGGGAAAAUGGGGAUGGGGGUGAUCAUGAGAGAUGAGAAUGGAGAGGCUUUACUUGUAGCUUGUGACAACAAGUUGAAUGUUCAAUCAGCAGAGGUGGCAGAAUGUCAUGCUAUUUGGAAGGCUUUGAAAGUGUGUAGUGAUCUGAAUGUGCAUAAAGUAAUUUUUGAAGGAGAUGCUAAAGUUGUCAUAGCAGCUGUGCAGAGUGAAGAAGAGGACUUGUCUGUCAUAAGUCCUUUAGUUGAUGUUAUUAGGAAUGUUAUGAGGAAUAGGAAGGAUUAG